AUGUCAGACAGCGCGCCCCCGCCGACGGAUGGCGGAGGCGAGUCUGACGUUGCCUUCCGUCUGGAAUGCUACGGCGCCGGCGACAGCCGUGUGCUGCGCUACUUCAACGGCGCGAUUAUCCGCGAGGCUGCCUUGAAGGACUACUUCAGCGCGCGUGCUGAGCACGCGCUCUCGGAAGACGCGAGCCUGGACGCCGUGAUCGCGCGCGGCAACCACGAGAACUGGCACAUCGCCGCCUCCACCAUCUGCGUGGCCGCCAGCAUAUGGGCGCAGAAGAGCAACCCGGUCGAGUGGGACGAGGCGCGCGUCUACCAGCAGAACGCCAACCAGGUGUUCGCCAAGGCUCAUGCGCUGCUGGACUGCCUGCAGUCGUCCCGCCGGCUGCGGCUGGGACACACCGUCGCCUCGCAGGAGUGCAACAGCCAGGUGGUGAAGUACGCAAUACACAGCCGCAACACGCGGCUGCGGGAGUGCGCCGCGAGGGCGCGUGAGCUGCACGAUGUGCUGUCCCGCUCGCUGCGGCUACAAGUGAACUUUCUGCAGGUCCUGUCGGCCAUCAGGUCGCAGUUCAAGGUGCUCAUCAACGCGCGCAACCUGGUGGACGUCUCGUCCUUCGACGUGGACUACCCAGCCAGCUUCUCGGUGUUCGUGGUGUUCUACGACAUGGCCCUCCAGACCGACGACGGGGAGUCCCGGGUGUGGGAGUCGUGGGACGUCCACAAACUCUCGGCGCCGGGCGCGCCGCAGCAGUGCCUGCUGUCGUACUACGAGGACACGGGGCCGGGCGACGGCCUGAUGACCAAGAUGACCUUUCCCACGGCGGUGUCCUUCUUCAUCGAGCACGACUUCGCGCUCACGGUGAACGGCGCCCACGUACCCGUCUACAUGCGAGAGGACCACAGCCCGGUGGUGUACCGCCUGCGCGCGGCCCAGAUGUGCCUCAUCGACCGGUACAUCUUCCUCACGCUGUGCCAGGCGGCGCUGGAACCGCUGCGGUCGCAGCAGGCGAUCGCCGUCAACGGCGUCGAUGUGUUCAUCCAGAGCAUGACGUCGGAGCGCAUCUCAUUCUCAAUCGACGCCCAAGUGGUCGCCGUGCGCUACGCGGCCGCCGCCGGCCAGGAGACUGGCGACGUGACCUGGCGCCUGGCCGUGACCAAGCUCAGGGACCUUGCCAUACAGAACUGGAAGCGCCAGCUGUACCAGCGCGAGGCCGACACACCGUGCCUGCUGUUAUCGUUUUUGAGUUACGUGACCAACUUGCUCUCUAAAUUCUCGGCCCCGUAG